GCCAUGGUGAAUCCAUGCGCUUGUUGUUAAUGCGUCAUCGGUCUUUGUGUAACUGGAGAACAGAGCAACGAAAACUGCACAAUUGUCAAAUAAUUGAGGUUUUUUAUUAAAGCACCAGCAUGUGUGAAGGGCCCUCAAUGAUCUCUGGCCCCAUUCCACCGGAUCCCACACUGUUUCCUGAAUACUACAAACGCCCAUCAUCCGCUCGUGGUCGACUGGAGGGCAACACUGAGAAUUGGUCGUCAACUCUUCUAAAGGGUCCAUUAGCUCCAGAUCCGGUUCUGUUUCCUGGGUGCUACAGUGCUCGGUCGACUCCUCGACCCCGGAUUGGUCCCAACGCCGCUCACAUCCUAGAGAGAAGCCAGAGGGGGGUUGUGGGAAACCUACUGAAAUUGGAGGGUGUAUCGCUAAACCCAAAUCCAACCAAACCAAAACCCGCUGCACGUGACUUUGGUAAAGAGAAUGUGCGCAAGUUACGUGAAAUCCAAAGACGCUUUCGAGAGCUGGAGGCACAGAGAGAACAUGCCAAGCCCGUGCCAGUUAAAGCUCUUUGGAUCUCUCCAAAAUACCAAGACGUCCCCUCCAGGGUGAUGGCCCAGUUGCAGGAGACGAGUCCCCCUAAGAAAGCUGAAUGUCAGAAAUUCCUGAAAGCUCAUUCUUUAUGUGGUCGGCCGCAGCUUUCCCGCUCAGAGAUUGGACCGGCACCAGGCACUGCUGAAGACUCUGAUUCUGAAAUGGAGGUGAGAGGCCGCACGGUGGACUUUGUGAGUCAUAACGCUCGUGCCGUGAAAAAGACGACCCUACGGCGAUCUCAGUCCUUACAGAACCUCAGGGAGAAAACGCCACCCAGCGCUGUGAAGGGCAAAGUACCACAAUAUCUCGAGCAGAGGAAGGAACAUUGGAAGAAAGAGGCGGAAGAGAGACGGAAAAACACACCUGAUCCCUCCAUCCCUGAUGGACACACACAGAUGUCUGAAAGAGAGAGACAGGAAACACUACAAUCGCUCAAAGAGACUCACAGGUCUCUGGUGAAUGAGCUGCUCUCUCUCCCGGUGAAAUCAGACACACUAAGUAUUCGCUCGCGACGUGCAGAACUUGAUCAGCGUCUCUCAGAAGUCGAGGAGGCCAUCAAAAUCUUCUCUCGUGACAAAGUCUACGUGAAAAUCAACUCUUAGAUCACUCCAAUCAGACUGUUUCUUCUACUGUAUAUUGCUCAGUUAGUGGUAGUUGCUUUUGCAUUAGCUUUGUUUAAUUUGAAGUGCUUCAUCACAACCUGCUCUUAUUGUUUUCUUGUCAUGGACACUGUAACUAUAACACAUUAAUGGCAGAAUUUCCACAUAUUGCAGACGGGUCAUUUUACAAUUGCGGUGGCAGAUCCCAUUACUCACUGUUAGAUAGAAAUAAACCAACUGCAAUGUACACAAUUUAUUUAGAAAACCAUAUAUGUUUCAAAAGACUUUUAAUUUGUAAUAGAUGAGUGCAGGUGAGUAUGGACAUUUUUUUUUUUUAUCAAAAAACUAAUAAUAGUAGCCAAAAAACAAACAAAAGAAAACGUUAAAAUUAAACUUUUUUUUAAUUUUAUUUUUAUAUAUUUCUAUGUAAAUUAACCCUUAAUUAACCCGUACAUGCGAUCAUUAUGACCAAAACAGAACAAGUGCUUUGAAAUUUGCAAACAAAUCAAAAGUGUUUCAUUUUGAUCCUUUAUAUUUUAAAAAAAAUUGUACUGUACAUAUUAUUGUAAUCAGUAAAAACAUCAAACUCAUCACAUAGUCAUGUGUCAUAUGUUGUUGGAAAGCUCUUAAACAGUAGAAUACAACCAGCCUAUUUAUUUUACUCCCAGACAGAAAUUUAGCGAGUAACAGCUAAAUAUAUGUCUUUGACAAUUAAGUUGGCGUUGAUUAUCCGCCUCAUUUUUGCUUAAAAAAUAAACGUUACAAAAUGUCACAUCAUUAUUUAGAGUCUAUGAUUAUCUUUCAAACGAGUCCACACACAAGAUAAUCAGAUGUAUAGAUCAUUAGAUAAUCCACAUGAAGCACAAUGUUACAUAUGACCACCAGGAGAUGGCGCCAAAUACACGACACAGACUCAAUGAUGACAAAUGACACAGAAUGAAACUCAUUCUGUGAAAUCUCAUGACUAAAAUCAUGUCUGCAUGCUAUGCAAACCUUUAGUCAUUGUUGUGUUUGCAUGUGUAAUUAGUUCUUAUGUACAAUUAUUAUCUUUUAUUUGUUUGGAGAUGUUUUUGGACACUAGCAUAAAUUAUGUUUAUAAUGCUAUAACUUUUGAUUGCUUUGUCGUAUCAACUUCUGAAAUUAUCAGAUACUGUUGACAUGAUUGGGAACAAACCUAAUGCAGUUUUUUCUGAGCCGUAAUUCUUGUAAUUUACAUAAAAACAUUCGUUACUUAUUUUAACGUCAGUGUUGUUUAUGCAAUGUAAAAACACCUACAUGAUUUUAUGAAAAACAUUAUAAAAAAAAAAAAAGAACUUUAUGAACUUCUUUAGGUUGUGUUGUGAGAGGGAAUCCACUGACCAAACAGUGUGUCUUUACAUUAAUUAUAUAAGAUUUUAUAUUUUAUUUUAAAGGGCCAUUUCAAAUGGUCAGUGGUGUUUCCCUUUUCUGGCAUUUAUUAUUCAAAAUGUGAGUGUUUUUUUUAUAUAUUGAUAAUUAAGUUAUAUUAAGAUCAAAAGUUGCAUUUUUGUUUUUGUGUCUUUAAAAUAAUUUUACCCAUAACAUUUGUCAGUGGUGUUGACAAAAGAGCAUGCCAGUCAAUGGCACAAAAAAAAAACAAAACACAUUUUUUUUAAUUCUACAGUUUAUAUUUAAAUUGUAGAAAUAAAAUAAAAUGUUAUUGCAUUGUAUGUUUUCUGGAUGAUUGAUUAUGAGUUUCAUAAUUGUAUAAGUGUACUGUAUGAGUUUCAUUUUUGAAGUAUUAUUAUAAUGAAUUUCAGUAUUACAAUACUGAAAAGUUAAUGGCAUUUGUUUUGAAUGUGAGGUAACAUUAAAUAUGCUGUUUUUUAAGUGUAAAACUAUUGUUUUAUCAUUUCAAACCUAACACACUUUGUGAAAUG